CAGACGCUUCAACUUUUUAUAUCAAUCGCGAGUGAACUGCUACAGCAAGGAAGUAUCCUCAGCUGAGCUGAGAUAUCCACCCCGGAGACAAAAGAGUCGAACGCUUUCCCCCCUCCUUCAAGCAACGUAUAUUUUGUAGGGGAUCUGUUUUUACAAGGCGGAACCACUAUUCUUUCGAUGUUGACAUCGUAGUUUUCUGAUUAAAAAGGCAUUGGACUCUAAACUUUUGCGUUUAGAGCGUAUGUAAGAAGUUCAAAAGCGGAUUUUCAGAUAUUUUACCGUUAUUAACAACUGUUAUGUCGCGCUACUGAAGCGGUUUAGGACAUGUCCGAUUCGUCCAGACGACAAAAUCAGUCCAAUGGCUCGACCAUCCUAAUUGAGAGAGGGAAAUACGGAGAAUUGAAUCCCGGUGGCGGAGCAGCCUCCGGUGCCGAACCGACUGACAACCCCCAGUUCAGCGAAGGGGAGCAGCAGUCACGGGGAGGAAUAAUGAUGCCGAAUAGUCUGCUUGGUUUCCAGUCGAGGUCGCCGUUGUUCAGAACACUUUCCAGGUCAUCCAGUGGAUAUUUUUCGUUCGACAGCGAUUCUAUUCCAAGCUCCCCGCUAUUGAAAGAUAAGUCGACACAGACUCCGAGCCCAUCUAGCCAAGUCAUGACUCACGCACUGCAGCGCAUGUCUCAAGCACAGGAGACCAAUCGAGAUUAUGACGCGUGGCCCAACCCCCUCCACCCCUAUAGACCACGGCCACCGUCAACUGCAGGGGACAUGUGGCCAGAGACACUGAUUGGCCAGGAGCUUCAGCGCAUUGGAGAUGAGUUUAACGAUCUCUUCAUACAUGGGCGCCUUGCUGGCAGAAACGGUCAUGUUGCCCAGGCAAACCUGCAGGAGAUGCACCAAGAGCCCGCCUUCCUACUGUGGAUGGGGCUCCUGAUUGGACGACUAUUACAGAUCAUCCUGCAGAGAAGAUGAUGGGUAGACAGAAGCCUCAAUCCCAUUCCUGCAGCACCCACCAGACACAUACUGUAGCACCUGGGAGAAUUCUGUCAAAAGACCCUGUACAUAUGUGAUUAUAUAAAAUGCUACAUUUUCAGAAUGGAUCCUCCUGCAUAUGUGGACCUAUACAAAUUUGUCUUGAUAGUUUUUAACCUUGAAUUGGCUCAAGAUUCCCUGAUCCAGGAUAAGUUGGAAUAGGGAAUUUGUACAGCUUUGGAGAAUACUUUCUUUGGGAAUUCUACAACAACUGGAAUUUUGCACCUAUGUUUCCUGCUCAGAUAUGGAAAGCUGAGCCUAAUCAAACCACCAAAGAUGGAGUGUCCUGUUGCAGAGCACUCACAGGGAUAAUGCCAUGUGGAUAAUGCUUUGUGGAGGUAAAUGUGCCUUGUACAGUUUCUCACUUUUUUACUAAGCUGUUUUCUUUUUGUUGCAGCUAUUUAUUUUUCACCUAUGUAUUUAAUUUGUUUGUGAGUUUGCCCAUGGUCAGAUGUGUCGAGUCUGCGCUGUGUCUGUUCCUCCUGGUUCUCAUGGUUUCUCACUGUUUCCUUUCCUCAUCCAAACAUCAUCUGCAAUUCUAAUUUGAUGCAACCAGUUCCACGGCCGGUUCCAUUGACCCAGACAUUUAAAUCUUAAUAUUAAAUAUUAAAUUAUUUGUAAGCACCAUUUUUUAAAUGUAUUUUCUUUCCAAACAUAUUCAGUACAAUAGCAAGGAUGUUAGUAAUAAUUGUAAGAACAACAACAGCUGAAAACAUUGAUAGCAAAUACAUGAUAUAUGUAUAAUCAUAUUUAAUUCAAUUAAAGUACAUGAAUUAGGGCAAAUAAUGUAAGUUCUUGAAACAACUUAUUUUACUGUUGUCUCACUUGUUUAACCCUGCCCCUUUUCAGAUGUCAAACAUAAUUGCUGUUAUCAUUUAGCAUUUAGCUUGGACAGGCUGUUGUCGGGGCUUUCAUAGCCCAGCUGACACUCAUGUUGGCCCGGCCAAGUCCUUCACAGCGCUGCCAAGUCAUUAAAUGCUCAUAGAAGCUUUGCUGGAAGAGAACCAAACUCUGAGCACCAGGGGAGCAGGGCUUUGUCAAUGGAGAGCCAUGAGCUAACAUUAGCCAGAGGAACAGGCAGAGAGAGCCAAUGGGUUCAAUACAGGUUUUAAUGGAUGGGAUGACUUGCAGAUGGGAUGACUUGAUGCUUGAGAACUUAGAUCGAUAGACAGGGAUAAAACCACCCAACAACCUUGAAGGAUCUAUAUCCAAAUUCUUGAAAAUGUGUUGUAUUUCUGAUCUGUGGUAGUAUGAAUGGGUUUUUUAAGGCCCAGUGCAGUCAAAAUUCUGUUUUUACCUGUGUUUUGAUGAAACUAUCCCUUUAAAAGUGUGAAGGAAUUUGAGGCAGUAUAAGUUAAUAUAUACCAAUAACAAAGGGUUCCAACCUCUUUGCCAAUAAGUUAGUUUUCAGAUUACAUACUCAGACCACUCCAACAGUCCUAACAAAAUUAUUGCUAGAGAAAUAGUUUUAGCUAAAAAGCUAUUUUUGUUUCCUUUUUACAGUUUUAAUGGAAAACUAUUACAGUAAGGCACUUGCUUAAUUGUUACCCAGAAAUGAUUUGAUAUUGAGAUAAAAACAGAUGCAUUGGGCCUUUAAGGAAAAACAAAAAUUGAAGUAGGAUUACUUUGAAUGUUACAUGCUACCACAUUGUGCACCAUGGGUUGGUUGGAAAUGUUGUGUCCUCUUGUGUGAGCCAAAGAUUGAUUACACUGUAAUUUUGCUGGUUAGAUCUUAUUGUAUAGUACAGUAUAGGCGUGGUUCAGUCCAACUGCCUUGGCCACCCUUUUGAUUCCAUUGCCUCAUAUUUGUCAGUCAAUUAAUUUCACACCCACAGUUCAAUAAAUGUUAUCCGUGUAAUUAAAUGUUAACAGUAUAAAAUGUGCUGAUAAAAGCCUAUCUUUAAAAUAACAUAGCACUUACAGCUCAUUAGAGGUUUUAAUUGCCAAACAUCUGCCUUACAUU